AGAGAGAUCUGGAUGAGUGGUGGUGAAGAGACGCAGAGUAAUCCCGUGGAGUGAAAACAGAAAGAGAUUCCUCGCAGCAGUGCAGCCCGGACAAUAGAGUUUUGGUCUCUCCCCCCACGAUUCCAGAGUGACCAAGUAAGUGGGUGCACAUCCUUGAUGUCACGCAAAACCCGGCUCCCCUUUUAGCUCGUGGUUUGGGGCGGAGUGGGGAUGCUCAGUGCGCUCUGGACGCACAGCAUGAACGAGGAGGAAAACAGCGGAGCGCACUAGUAGAGACUUUCCAAGAGUUAGCGGUAUGUUAACGGCGCGAGGAUGUGAGCUGAACUCGUGGUAGAAUGGCCCCUCAUCUUGCAUGGAUCUCUGAGGGAUGGCGGCUUUUCACCACCACCACCACCACCACUACACCCAUCACCAUCACCACCACCAGCAGCAGCAUCCGAGCGCGGACCUGCGCCGCCUCUUCCACCGGCUCACCAUCGCGUCCUCUCUGAGCAUCCUCUGCUUCUCCUUGGUCUACCUGUUCACUGGGUGCUGCGAGUCGGAUUUGAUAGAAAACGCUGACACCAAGUCCCCCGCGGGCGAAUUCCUCGUGUCGGGGUCGGGAUGGCCAUACGAAAGGAACGGAACCGGCGCUGCCAAGGAGGGCACAGCCGCGUUUGGAGAAGGCGCGCUCGGCAGCGGUCACCCCGGGCUGGAGUCCAACAACUCGGGGAAAGAGUGGACUGCCAUUCGUCGGCUACCCCAGGCUCUGAUAAUAGGGGUUAAAAAGGGAGGCACCAGGGCUCUCCUGGAGUUUCUACGACUCCAUCCGGACAUCCGUGCCCUGGGGUCCGAGCCGCACUUCUUUGACAGGCAUUACGCACGGGGACUGGACUGGUACAGGAGUAUGAUGCCCAAAGCCCUGGACGGCCAGAUUGUCAUGGAGAAGACACCUCGUUACUUUGUUACCGUGGAGACGCCAGCACGAGUCCAUGCCAUGUCGCAGGACGUGAAGCUGAUUGUGGUCGUUCGUGACCCCGUGACCCGAGCCAUAUCAGACUACACUCAGAUCAUCUCCAAGACCCCCGACAUCCCUCCCUUUGAGAACCUGGCCUUCAAGAACCGCACCACAGGUCAGAUUGACUCUCUCUGGAGCCCACUGUGGAUAGGCCUGUAUGCCCAGCACAUGGAGCGUUGGCUGGCCUGGUUCCCCAGGACUCAGAUCCAUCUGGUCAGUGGGGAGAGGCUCAUCUCAGACCCGGCCGGCGAACUGGGCAAAGUCCAAGACUUUCUUGGCCUCCAGAGAAUAGUCACAGACAAGCACUUCUACUUCAACAAAACAAAAGGCUUCCCCUGCCUGAAGAAGCCGGAGGGCAGCAGUAAACCCCACUGCCUGGGGAAGACCAAAGGGAGGACGCACGCCUCCAUCGACCCAGAGGUGAUGCAGAGGCUGAGGGAUUUCUACAAGCCACAUAACCAGCGCUUCUAUCAGAUGGCUGGACAGGACUUUGGAUGGCAGUGACCCUCCGACUGUCUGGGACUAGACGCUUCUGUUGGCACUUCACCAGAUGGAAGUCUGUGUGAAUCUGCCGUCUGAGACAGACGCAACAACUCAGAGUGCAGAAAAAGCAGCCAAUUAUCUGCUUCUGAGCAGCAGAGCGGCAUCUCACUGACUUGAUAAUGAAAAUUGUGUCACAGUCAUUCAACUCUACCAGUCAAUCAUGUUGUUAAGGCAGUCGUGUCAUUUCAUAUUGUAUACCGUAGAUGUUCAGUCCAGUUGGUCAAUAAGGUUUUUCUGUGGGAAGGUGGUCACGAGACAGUGGUUUGCUAUAGGUUGCGGCUCUAUAAAUGUGAGAACACAGUGUAGCUUUUUAGUGUCUCUGGUCUGCAGUUUAUUCCCAGUGCUCCAUAGGCUGCAGGCGCAAAAGGAAUGCUAGAAUUGACGCUUUCUCUCAUUCCCAAAUCUCCAUAACGUUUUUUCUUUUAACUGUCUGUUCUCCAGUCUCACUGGUUCAGAAUUUAAGAGCAAUCAACACUUACUGACCACCAUCCUGCAUACAUUGUUUCCGAAAAAAAUAAAGGGAAAAUGAAUCUUUUAUGUGGCAAGCAGCAGAGAGGUGAGCGAGAGAAUCUUUGUAUGAGCUCAGAUUUGACUGAGUGGUUUUGUAUUCUUGAAUAAUGAAUGUGGAUAAAUGGAUGGAGGGAAAUAGGGGUGGAUCACUCGGCUCUUUACACAUUUAUGUGCCGGGCAUAGGUUAGAAUCCCUCUGCAAAAUCAGCCAACUGUGCUGUACCGUGAGGGCAGAAAAGAGAUAAGCAAAUGAAUACAAGACCAGGUCAAACCAACGCGAAGAAGGUUCCACCGAUCAAUGGCCAGCAGCGUGGACGUGGUGUACGAAGUUUUCGCGCUUCUGCUUACAGGGUUGUCUGUUUUCAGUUUGCAUGUAUUUGCACUAGUUUGAAAGCAUAAAAAAUAAAGCUAUUUUUAAGCAAAGAUGUCUUUUUCCCUCACCGUUUCUUUGCUCAUUGUUUGCUGAUUGGAGUGCAGUAAAGAUUGGUACAAAUUGCUUUGCUCAAAGGUUGCAAGGAAUCUGGUGAAUAAUAAUAAAAUAAUAACUGGAUAAUUAUUAAACCA